AUGGCUCCGCAAUACGCCCCAAGUCUGCGCUCUCGUUUGGCUCCUUUGCUGCUUUUCUUGCAGAUAGGCUUUAUUGUCAUUUACUAUUUUUACGUAGAAAUUGAAAACAAUGUGAAUGGAAUUACAUUCAGGAACCUUUACUCGGUGUUCCAAGAUUUGAAUGUGAUGGUCUUUCUGGGUUUUGGCUUCUUCAGCACUUUUUUAGUGCGGUAUGGUUUCAGCGGCUCAGGGUUCAAUCUUCUUGUAGCAGUCAUGGCCACCCAAUGGGCACUCAUUCUUAAUGGUAUUGAGUCCUGGUAUUACAGAGGCAAGAUUUGGAUUGACAUGAAAAGCUUGGUGAUUGCUGAGAUGUGCACAUCCUUGGUUCUCAUCUCGAUUGGAGCUGUGCAAGGCAAAACCAACCCUGUCCACCUUGUCCUCAUGGCACUGCUGGAGGUAUUCGGCUUUGUCUUGAAUGGAUGGCUCCUCCAGACCCUACUGAAGGUUCGACCUUUGAACAGCAUCAUGCUGCUUCACAUCUUUGCUGCUUUCUUUGGGCUUGUACUGACGAGGGUCCUGCACCGGAGCGAAACGGAAUAUGAGAAGGAGAAACUCAACCGCAAAACAGGAUUGUUCUCCAUGUUAGGGACUGUGUUUCUUUGGAUGUUUUGGCCCAGUUUCAACUCUAUCCUCCUCAUGGAGCACCAUUCUCCAGAAAGGCGGCUGAGAGCAGUGUGCAGCACAUACUUGGCCUUGGCUGUCAGUGCUGUAGCAUCCUUUGCUCUAUCUGUGCUCUCCAGUCACAAAGGAAAAGUUAACCCAACCCAUUUCCUGUCAUGCUUAUUCGCUGGUGGUGUUGCGGUGGGGGUUCCCAUGCCAGUGAUACAUCACCCAUGGGAGGCUAUGACAAUUGGCCUGACUGCGGCUGUUGUGUCAACCAUUGGGUUCAGAUAUUUCAAGAACCACAUGCUGUUUGCCUUUGACUGUCAUGAUACGUGUAGUAUUCUGAGCACACAUGGACUCCCUGGACUUCUAGGAUGGCUGGCUCACCUCCUGCUGCAGAUCAAACACUGUGACGAUCACACAACAGCUACUCGGUUUGCUGUAUUUCAUAUAUCUGCCCUCUUCAUCACUCUAAGUACAAGCCUGAUCAUGGGGAUCCUAACAGGGCUAGUACUUAAGUGGGACAUCUGGAGACCGCCUCAGGACAAAAAAUGCUUUGAUGAUCAGGCUUACUGGAAGUUUGAGCAUCUUGCAGUGUGCAAGUAAUUUGAAGAAUUGGACCAUGGACGUACAAUACACACCAUGUUUAUAAAAGAUGAAUGCAAGACAUGUUUUCUGCUCAAAACUUUUUUUAAUGAUGCCAUGGUAGCCGAAGUGUGACCCC